AAGAUCUAGUAAGAGAAUAAAAAACCUAAAUAGUUCACUCACUCACUCCCUCACCUAUCACGUGCCAAACCAAGAAUAUCAAAGACUCAAAAAUAAACUUUCACAGCUGUGUCACUCAUGCAUUCAUCUUGAUCUUCUAUAAUUACUUCCAUCUUGAAACAGAUUGGAAUUAGAAUAGAUAGCAUCAUAACUUGAUUGAUGACAUUAACAUUAUUUGUCACUACCUCGUAAAUUACAAAAGAAACUUCCUUAUAAUUCACUCACUUUCUUCUUUUCUUUGCUGUCACCACAUCACAACACCCUCUUUCUUCACUCAACCGAAAAAAGUUUCAAUCUUUUUAUUUAUUUAUUUAUUUAUUUUUAUUUGGGGGGUUUCUUAAAUUCUAUAAAGAUCUGAUUUUUAAUCUUGAUUUGUGUGAAGUCUAUUGUUUCUCGAUCUGGGUCUGAGGGAAAUUGGCGUUUUGUUACGAUUAUGAGGAAAAGAGAGAGGGAAAACCCUUGUGGGGUAUGUGGGCAUUAUCACAAAUAUGAAGAAGGUGAAGUUUGUUCGAUUUGUGGUCAUAGGAUUGCUGUUGGAUCGGAGAAAACUUCGAUACAAGUUAGUGCCUUUCCUUCUGUGAUCUUGCCGGAGUUUCUUUACUUGGGAAGCUAUGAUAACGCAUCACGCUCUGAGCUUCUCAAAACUCAAGGGAUUUCACGUAUCCUCAAUACUGUGCCUGCUUGUCAAAAUCUCUACAAGAACUCAUUUACCUAUCACUGCCUCCCUGAUGACAAAAGUUUUCCGUUUGAUGAAGCAAACCAGUUUCUAGAACAAUGUGAGAAGGAUAAGGAGCGUGUUCUGGUUCAUUGCAUGUCAGGAAAGAGCAGGUCCCCGGCUAUUGUGAUUGGCUACCUGAUGAAGUCGAGAGGAUGGAGACUUGCACAGAGUUUUAUGUGGGUAAAGGAACGCAGAACUUCGGUUGAAUUAUCUGAAGGUGCCUUCCAACAACUGCAGGAGUACGAGAAAAAUCUAUUCGCUUCAGCUGGCGGCCCUCUUCUGUCUCCUUUCUCACAUGCAGCCGGGCCGUCUUCAAUUAGCUUUGGCUUCCCAAAGACCAAUGACCUAGCUCCACUUCCUGCCUUCAGCUGCGCCUCAACUCCUUCAAUUUUUGCCCGAGCACCCCUCGACGUAGCUCCUACUGAGUUUACAUUCGGGGCCAGCCAGAGUGUCACCGGAAAUCCUUUCAAUACAACAAAUCCACCAAAUCCUAAUGUUACCGAUAUUCAAAUGGAUGGAUCUUGAUUUCGACUGGCACAACAAUAUCAGCGUGUGAUUAAGCUACUUGACGAUGGUUUUUGGCCUGUGGUAAAGUUUGUUAUACAGGUACCAAGUUUGCCAUGUUUCAUGUCAAGGUGCAAUAAUCAUAAGUGACUUUGUCAAUUCUAUACUUCUUUUUCAAAUCUUCAUUUCAUUGUGGUUAUAGAUUUGAGUUACAGUAAGUUUUAGUGACCUUGUGCCUCUGCCUCAGUAGACUGGCACUAAACCAUAUCCAGUUUUUACUUUUUUGUGACAUGCAAAAUUCUAUCUAAAAAGUAUACAAAAUUAGACAAUUUCUGUUUGCUUUUCU